UGUUAUUCAUAUAUGUCUACUUUGUCUAAUGACACACAGUCUAGCAACAGAAAUCACUCCAUACACAGGAAUCGUGUACACAUCAUUCCAAGAACGAGCAACUUUCAUAACACAUGGAAAAACAGCUCAGUUGGCGAAGCAAAAUGGGGAUCCAGUGCUAGCACGUAUAUGUGGCACAAUCGCAGCGGAUGAGAAGCGACAUGAAAAUGCCUAUCAGAAGAUGAUGGAGAAACUAUUAGAGGUGGACCCCACAGAUGCCAUGCUAGGGAUUGGUGACAUGCUGGGUCAGAACAUCAGGAUGCCCGCCCAACUAAUGUACGAUGGCGAGAAUCCGAAUCUCUUCAACCAUUUCUCCAUUGUCACACAGAAACUCGGUGUCUACACCAUCGCAGACUAUGCGGAUAUAUUGGAGUUCCUAAUUGAGCGAUGGAAGUUGGAAAAGCUUGUGGGCCUCAUUGGCAAAGCCCACGAAGCCCAGGAUUUCGUUUGUAGAUUGCCACGCAAGAUUCGGAAGCUACAAGAACGAGUCGAAGAACGGGCCCACAAGAUGAAGCCUCAAACCAUGCACUUUAGCUGGACCUUCAACAAGGAGGUCACUCUAUAGUUCUUAAAUAUGUA